AUGUCAAUGCUGCGCACAACCAAGCAUGGAAUAAGAUCUCUUGUAAACACUACACACAAACGAUCCCUUCUCCGUCUUUUACCUAAUCAACACCGUUGUCGCCUUCAAUUAACAGCAGCUGUCAAUCAACAAUGCCUACACACCACUCCAACCUUGAGAAAUGAACAACUGAAUCCUGCUCUCAUUGCCGAUUCUCAAUUCAUGGUUCCUGAACUGUCAUUCCCACCCGAAGAACAGGCACUGUCUACUAUACCUGCACCAGCUGAAAUCAGUCUAGGAGAUUAUGUAGAGGUGUUUAGUAAUCACCAGUAUAGUGGAAUUGUAGUCGGACGCAAGAAAAUGGCCGGUAGACUACAGAAACUAUCUGUAUUAUUACGAAACGGAAAAAUCGUCGACCUCCGUAGUGAUGGGGUUGCAUUUACAAUCCCGGGAUUUGUGGAGUCUUCGGAUGUCCUUCCGCACGUCAGGAAACCGGCCGUGGUUGACAGAACUGCUGACUCUCUCGAGGCUGCCUUACCUCCUGAUUACGCCCGAGCUGUCACAGGAUACCAGCGCACGAUUCGACAGCUCAAGGCCAUGUCUCACAGACACCUGGAUAAUGUCUAUCAUCACUUCCUAAAAGACGUUUCAAAGGACCAGGAGCGCGUCGUGUCGCUCAAAGACAUGGCCCGCUUUGCGUUUUCCCAGGACCAACCGACACAUGCCCAGUUGCACGCCACCUUUCUCCACAUCGUUUCGGACAAUGUGCACUUUAUCCCGACCCCUCACGUACGUCGGUCUGGCCAAUGGACUCUUCGGGCCCAGGACAAGGCAGAACACAUCGAGCAGUUGAUCGGCUGGAUUAGAAUGCGAAACGAAGCUUACACUGGGUUCCUGGAACGCACAAAGCAAUUGAUCUCAUUCGUCCAUCAGAAUGCAAAUCCAGACGGAACCUUGCCCCAAAAAGACUGCAAAAGAGUUGCUGCAUCGGAUUAUGCAGGAUCAUUUACCGACACAGACAAGAUGUUUGUAAACUUUGUGGUCGACUGGAUCAAAUCGCCAAAAAUCAUUUUGGCCUCACCGCACGAGAUUUUUGUGCCUACGAUCCUAAAGUCCCUCAAAUGCUAUGACACAAUCUUGGUCGAUCGUUCGCUGGCCGUCAGGUUCCUCAAGGACAUCGGUAUGCUAAAACCCUGGGAUAAUGUAGGGCUUUUGGAAGAUGCAGGUCUGAUGGAGGAUUACGUGUGGUCCAAGAAAUCAAAACAGACCGAACAAAAGAUGGCCCGCUACACCGACGCUUUCCUGAACAACCGGGCUGACGAUAUGAGUGCCAUGGGAUUUGCAGUAACCGACAGCUGCGACUCGAUCCGACAUGACUUUGGUGAUCUUCUGGUCUACACCAUCGACGACCCGUCAGCAAAGGAAAUCGAUGACGGUAUUUCGAUUGAGCACACCAGAACAGCAGAUGGCCAUCAGACUUGGUUGCACGUUCACAUUGCAGAUCCAACAGCAUACAUAUCACCACACAAUGAGAUUGCUCAACUGAUGAAGGAGCGCGUCCAAACGCUCUAUCUUCCCGAAAAACACUUUCCUAUGCUUCCAGAAGAACUGUCUUCAAAGAAAUUCAGUCUGGGUAUUUCAGCACACGCGGCCCCUAACCGCAAUGGAUCCCAGUAUGCGAUGUCCUUUAGUACCCGGGUGGACUCCAAUGGAGAUCUGGUCGAUUGGAAGGUUCGGCCCAGUGUGGUCAAGAAUGUUGUCAAGCUCCACUAUGACAAUGUAGACCUUCUUCUCAACCCUCUUUCUCUUCUUUCUUCGUCUCCUGAGAAUGAUCCUCUGAAUGGUUUGGAUUUAGACAAGAAUCUUACCACGCUGUCGCUGGACAAGGCCAAGAUAAAAAGCCAAGACCAAUCCAAGACCAAUAGGCUCGAGUCAAUUCCAGAAUCAGCCAAACAAGAUAUCAUCGAUCUAUUCCACCUUACAAACAAACAUUCUCUGAUGCGCAAACGUAACGGGUCGCUAGUGUUCAAUAAACCGAGCCCUCAGAUAUCCAUCACCCCUUCUCCACUGCCGCUUCCUGUCACCCACUUUACGAACCCAGACUACGGCACCGUUUUGCCUGACAUCCAGCUCAAGCUCGACCGGUCCAGCCUGUCGCCUGCACGUAUGCUGGUGGCCGAGGCAAUGAUUAUGGCUGGUCGAACUGUGAGCCAGUACGGACGUGCGCAUGGGUUACCUUUACCUUUCCGUACUCAGCAGUGGGAUCCAAACCCGAGUACGUCUGAUCUGGCGAUCAGAAACGAGCUUCUGGAAGUCUCUCGUAACACGACUAACGGUAGUAUUCCAAUGCACACUCUGAUUAGCGCCCUGGGAAUCAUACCUCCGUCGACAAUCACCACAACCCCAGGUUUACCUCAUGUCGGUAUGGGAAUCCUGGACGGCUACUGCCGUGCCACAUCGCCCUUGCGGCGGUACCUGGAUAUGGUUGUGCACUGGCAACUAAAAGCCCACGUGCUUGGAGAAUCAAAGGUGCCUUUUGGACUUGGCCAGCUCAACACGAUGCUGCCGCCGAUUGAGAUGAGGGAAAAACAGCUGGCGAUUUUACAGCAGAGAAGCACACAGACCUGGGUGAUUGAACUGCUGAAGCGACUGGAGUAUGAGGGAUCAAGGACAUGGAAUUACAUGGUUCAGUUUGGAAACAUGACCACGUUUUCUGAACUCGGCAGUGCGAUGGAGGUGGCGAAUGGAACGGUGAUGGAGUUGGGUAUUCAGGGACGUCUGGUCAAGCUUGACAGAACAGUUCAUCCAGGUGAAGUGGUCAAGGUGAAGAUUGUCAGUAUGGAUUCAAGACUUGGCAGAGUCAAUUUGAUGCUUGUUUAG